GUGACGCGACCGCGGAGGCCGCAGCCACUUCUUUCGUGAGCAAGAUGGCGAGCGGCGAAGUCGGAGUCACUCUCGGGCAGCCGCAUCUUUCUCGUCAGGAUCUUGCCGCUUUGGAUGUUACCAAGUUGACUCCACUUUCACAUGAAAUUAUCAGCAGACAAGCCACAAUUAAUAUAGGCACAAUUGGUCAUGUUGCUCAUGGGAAAUCUACAGUUGUAAAAGCCAUUUCUGGUGUUCACACUGUCCGAUUCAAAAAUGAGCUAGAAAGGAAUAUUACCAUAAAACUUGGAUAUGCUAAUGCCAAGAUUUAUAAGCUUGAUGACUCAAGUUGUCCUCGACCAGAAUGUUACAGAUCUUGUGGAAGUAGUACACCUGAUGAGUUUCCUUCAGAUAUUCCAGGGACCAAAGGAAACUUCAGAUUAGUCAGACAUGUUUCCUUUGUUGAUUGUCCUGGUCAUGAUAUUUUGAUGGCAACUAUGCUGAAUGGGGCAGCAGUGAUGGAUGCAGCUCUUCUGUUGAUAGCUGGUAAUGAAUCUUGUCCUCAACCUCAGACUUCUGAACACCUGGCAGCCAUUGAAAUUAUGAAGCUAAAACAUAUUUUGAUUCUGCAAAAUAAAAUUGAUUUGGUGAAAGAAAGUCAGGCUAAAGAACAGUAUGAGCAGAUACUUGCAUUUGUACAGGGUACAGUAGCUGAAGGAGCUCCUAUUAUUCCAAUUUCUGCUCAGUUAAAAUACAAUAUUGAAGUUGUAUGUGAGUAUAUAGUAAAGAAAAUUCCAGUACCUCUAAGAGACUUUACUUCAGAACCCCGACUUAUUGUUAUUCGGUCUUUUGAUGUUAACAAACCUGGCUGUGAAGUUGAUGACCUUAAAGGGGGUGUAGCUGGUGGUAGUAUUUUAAAAGGCGUUUUAAAGGUGGGCCAAGAGAUAGAAGUGAGACCUGGUAUUGUUUCUAAAGAUGGAGAAGGGAAGCUUAUGUGUAAACCAAUCUUUUCCAAGAUUGUAUCACUUUUUGCAGAACACAAUGAUCUUCAGUAUGCUGCUCCAGGUGGUCUUAUUGGAGUUGGAACAAAAAUUGACCCAACAUUAUGCCGAGCAGAUAGAAUGGUUGGGCAGGUCCUUGGUGCUGUUGGAGCAUUACCUGAGAUAUUCACAGAAUUAGAAAUUUCCUACUUCCUACUAAGACGGCUCCUAGGUGUACGUACAGAAGGAGACAAAAAAGCAGCAAAAGUUCAAAAACUAUCCAAGAAUGAAGUACUCAUGGUAAACAUAGGAUCCUUGUCUACAGGAGGGAGAGUUAGUGCAGUCAAGGCAGAUUUGGGUAAAAUUGUUCUCACCAAUCCUGUGUGCACAGAAGUAGGAGAAAAAAUUGCUCUUAGCCGAAGAGUUGAGAAACACUGGCGUUUAAUUGGUUGGGGCCAGAUAAGAAGAGGUGUGACUAUCAAGCCAACAAUUGAUGAUGAAUGAGAUGGUACAUUUGGAUGGAACCAGGAUUUUUUUUCAUGACAGUCUUAGAGAUAUUUGCAAAUCUAAAAAGUAGGCAAUCUAAAGAAAGAAAUUAAUUUCACAGCUUAUUUCAUUAGUAAAAACUGUCAGGUUAUUUUCAUUUUCAGUAGAAAAAAAUUGAUGUCUAAAAAAAUGACAACUUCUUGAUACGUUUCAUCUGCAGUUCAACAAAUAGUAUUAUCAUUGUUAACAACUGUUGCUAUGUACCAUUGAACUUAGAGUAAAGAAAGUUUUUCUUGUGCUUGAAGGAUUGUUACAUUAAUAAAAACUUGAAGGCUGGAUUGAA